GUCUAUCGAUCUAGUCGUCAUUUUGCUUUUGAUUUGCGCGGUUGAACUUUAUUGGCGAAAAAUAUCAGUAUACCAAUGGAGUUUCUAAUAGGUUUAGUCCUUGGUUUAAUUUUUGUUUAUGAAGCCUCUGCUUUUGAUGACAGUCCUUCUCAAGGUGAUUUGUUGGUGCGGAAAGCCAGAUGGUUGCCUUUGAUUUAUCCCAGAGCCAAUCCUACGAGGUUACAGAUGAUAGGUGGCUUUGGUAUCCCUGUUGAAAAUCUGAAAGUAGAAGCUGUGGUCACUGGUUAUGUCCUGAAAGCACAAUAUUAUCUACCCUACUCUGUAAAGCAGUUAAGGACGAAGGAUGUCCACGAAAUCUCAGAGGCAAGACUACUGGGAAAUGCUACAACUUUCGAAAAAAUUCUACAAAAGUCCAAAGAGCAAUUCGACUUUAAUCCUAGUCUGUGGCAGGAGGAUGUCCAGGCCCUGGGCAGCUAUCGAUGGUCUGUCUACGAGGCUUUCACUGCCCUGGCCAUUCGCAUGAAACUCAAUGGAAGGUCCUGUGUCUUGAAGAGCAUAUGCGAAAGUGCAGCGGCUCCUUUUGACGACCGAAAUGGUUUGUUAGGCGAAAUAUUGCACAUUCUGCUAACUCCUUCCAGUUCGGUGGAUCCUUUUGCAGAACACUCAGACAAUGAUUACCUUCAGGCUGAACAUUUUGGAGUAGCUGAUAGUGACUGUGAUCUGGUCUACCCACAGUGCCCCAAAUCUUUGUUGGAACAUUUUAGUGAUGUCCACCAUUUGGGCAGCGAGUUUUUAAAUAUGUUGGGAUAA